ACACUUCAGGACUCUAAUAAACCUUCCUUGCCCCAUUUCUUCUAUUUUUCAAUUAUUAACUCUCUCCCUCUCUCCCUCUCCCUCUCCAAUGGCGCGACUUCUCGGCGAAGCCAGCUCUCCGACGCCGGCGAACAGCUCCGACGCGACGGAUUCCGAUCUCGUCGUCAUCCUGGCCGCUCUUCUCUGCGCUUUGGUAUGCGUCCUCGGCCUCAUCGCCGUCUCCCGGUGCGCUUGGCUCCGCCGUCUCUCCGCCUCUGGUCCUUCUGGACAGUCUCCGCCUCCACCGCCGGCGGCGUCGAAUAAAGGGCUGAAGAAGAAUGUCCUCCGAUCUCUUCCGAAGCUGACGUACUCCGUGGAGUCACCGGAGUCUGAGAAAUUCGCCGAGUGCGCGAUCUGCCUGUCGGAGUUCGUCUCCGGCGACGAGAUUAGGGUUCUGCCGCAGUGCGGCCACGGAUUCCACCUAUCGUGUAUCGACACGUGGCUUGGAUCUCAUUCAUCAUGCCCUUCCUGCCGUCAGAUUUUGGUUGUUGCCAGGUGUCAGAAGUGUGGCGGUUUGCCCAGUAGCUCCGGUUCAGGAUCCGGGUCUGAACCGGAAACCCGGUUCAAGCAACAAGAAGAUGACCCCGGCACCUUCUUGCCAUGAUUUUCCAAAUUUCACCAUUUUAUUUUAUUUUUAUCUUCGUCUAUUAUACGUAUAUAAGUUUAAAAAUUAUUCUUCCCAUAAUUUUAGAGGGUAAGGUUACAGUGUAAUGUACAUAUUUUAUUGUAAAGUUUUUAUGUGAUGAAUUGAAAUCAAUAGAUUAAAAUGUUGUUAAU